CCGCAAACUUAACUCUACAGAAACAAGUGAAUGAAUGACAAUGAAGGUUGAUAUCCAUUGUCAUAUUUUACCAAAGGAAUGGCCCAAUCUUAAAGAGAGAUAUGGAUAUGAUGGAUUCGUCCAACUGCAUCAUCACUGCGAAGGGGAGGCCCAGAUGCUAAAGGAUGGAAAGGUGUUUCGGGUGAUCCAGGAAAACUGCUGGGACCCUGUGGUCCGGAUUCGGGAAAUGGACAGAUCAGGUGUGACGGUGCAGGCACUGUCCACAGUUCCUGUCAUGUUCAACUACUGGGCUAGGCCGGACGACACGCUGGACCUGUGUCGCAUCCUGAACGACGACCUGGCGGCGACGGUGUGCAGGUUCCCCCGGCGCUUCGUGGGGCUGGGGACCCUGCCCAUGCAGGCCCCGGACCUGGCCGUGCAGGAACUGCGACGCUGCACCACCGAGCUGGGGUUCCCCGGCGUGCAGAUUGGAUCCCACGUCAACGACUGGGACCUGAACUCCCCCGACCUGUACCCAGUCUAUGCAGCUGCUGAAGAACUGGGCUGUUCGUUGUUUGUGCAUCCGUGGGACAUGCAGAUUGAUGGGAGGAUGGCAAAAUACUGGCUGCCGUGGCUGGUAGGGAUGCCUUCAGAGACUACAACAGCUAUUUGCUCGAUGAUAUUUGGGGGAAUCUUUGAGAAAUUCCCCAAGCUGAAAGUCUGCUUUGCUCAUGGAGGUGGUUCCUUUCCAUAUACUGUGGGCCGGAUAGAACAUGGGUUUCAGGUCCGUCCAGAUCUGUGUGCUGUGGACAAUACGAUAAACCCCAGGAAAUACCUGGGUACCUUCUACACUGACUCUCUGGUCCAUGACCCACACGCCCUCAAGCUACUGGUUGAAGUAAUUGGGAAGGACAAGAUUAUGUUGGGAACAGAUUAUCCAUUUCCACUGGGGGAACUAGAGCCAGGAUCACUUAUCGAGUCAAUGGAUGACUUUGACAGCAAUUUAAAGGAUAAACUUCUUGCUGGCAAUGCAAUGGAAUUUCUGGGUCUUAAACGGAGCAAGUUUGAAUGACAACAUAUUUUGUGAAGGAUUAUGUGUUUGAGCAUUUGCACAUUUGUGAUUUUAAUAGUUUCCAUUCGUAGAAGUGGGAAAGCUCAAACAAUUUUACACAUAAAUAAAAUGGAUGUGAAAGACUGAUGGUUUUAGCAAAACUUUAAAUAUCUUUAUUUUGGCAUCUGUGUUUUGUCUUUGUUAGAGAACAUAAUAUGCUAUGAUUAUCAGUUAUUAAACCAUUUUCCAAA